AUGAAGAAGUGGUGCUUUGAAGCAGAAGUGGAGAAGGAGAAGAGGCACUUAGACGUGGAAGAGAGAAGGAAGGAGAGGCGCUUUGAGCUGGAAAAGACUAAUGCAAUGAACCAGCCAGGAGACCCUGCCGUCCCUAUUCCAGCAGCUGCAGAUGACAGCAGGAGAUCGGAACUCAGAAUCAUCCUUGUUGGCAAAAGUGGAGCUGGAAAAAGUGCGACAGGAAACUCCAUCCUUGGGGAAAGAAAGUUUGAGUCCAAACUCAGGGCAAAGUCUGUAACUUUGACUUGUGAAAAGGGGCAAAGGAUCUGGAAUGGGAGGGAGCUUGUGGUUAUUGACACACCUGCCAUUUUUGAUGGAAAGGUUUGUGAGCCAGUAACAAGUAGAGAGAUUGUUCGCUGUAUCACACUCUCUGCUCCAGGCCCACACGCUCUGGUGCUAGUGACCCAGCUGGGCCGUUACACUGAGGAAGACAAGGAUGCAGUGAAGCGAAUACAGGAGAUUUUUGGAGUUGAAGCCAUGAGGCACAUGAUUGUCCUGUUCACCCGGAAAGAAGAUUUAGCAGUUGGCUCACUGCGUGACUAUGUGAGUUACUCAGAUAAUAAAGAUCUUAAGGGGCUGAUUCAGAAGUGUGGGAACCGAUACUGUGCUUUCAAUAACAAAGCAACUGGAACAGAACAGGCUGAACAGGUUUCUGAGCUGAUUAAAAUGAUCCAGAGAAUGGUUCAGGACAAUGGGGGCAGAUAUUAUGUCAGUGAGAUGUAUACAGAACCUGAUUUAACUGAACAAAAAGUGAGAUAUCUUAUUGGAAUAAAUAAAACAAACAAGGUGAAAACGGUGAAAACUGCUUGUACAAAGUAUAGGAAAGUUAUUCUGGGCUUUGGGGUUGUUGCAGUUGUUGUUGUUGUUGUUCUUGUACUUCUCCUGACUUACAUCAGACACUAA